UUCUUCAACAAAGAAUACAAAUCCUCCUCUAACCUAAACUAACCUAACUUGCUGUUGUCAAUUAACUUUAUUACGAUAAAAAAAAUCCUCUAACUUUGAACAAAACUGUUAAAAUAUUUCGAGCUACACAUACAUAAGUGACGUGGGUUGCCUUAAAAAAGAUGUAGAUUCAGAAGUUAAAUCUACAUGAAAAUUAAAUAUACAAAUGAAGAGGUGUACUGCACCAGUACUACUGGUGCUUGUGCAGGAAUACAUACAUACAUGUCAUACAAUGACAAGGCGCAAUAUAUAGAAAAUAACGAUGGACCAUUAAUAAUCCCGUUUAAAAACAUUUAUUAAUGAUACUUGCAAUUGUGACGGAUUUAUAGCACAACGGAACGACUUAUUUUGAAAGUUUUUCACUGGACUAUAAUAUAUGAAAAAUGAUGGAGAGACGUUAUUCCUUUGGGGCCGACAACAGCUAUCAUUAUGAAGAACACAGACCUAUUUUGAUCGAAAAUUAUCGACGCAGCUUUCUCGGAAGAGUUCGGACACUUAGCAAUAUUCAGAGGUUGGAAUGGUACUUUAUACUAUUCUCAUUUGCCAUAAUCAGCAUAGGAUUUUUUUUCACUGUUGCCCGCAUGGUCUCAUUAAACUUUCGUUCAGACCAAUUUCUCGUCUGUAUUUUAGUUGUGAUCAACUUGACCUUUUCAACAUAUUACCUUGUUCAUGGAAUAUUGCAAGAGCAACCGUUUGAAAUUCUCGCCUACAUCUUUACUACGCUUAUCAUUGCAGUAUUCGUAACCAUCAAUUUUGUAUCGGUCGAUGUGGAUGACUAUGUGCUCAGGGUGAUGAGAUUUAUGAUAACGAUCAUUCUCAGUCUUCCCAACAUUGUUCUUGCCGUCAAAAUUGGUCGAGGCUAUUGGCAAAGUGGCACUUUUAUCUUUAAGACAGUGGGUGGAGAUAGGCGACUUCAGCGAAUUUGCAGAAUCUACCUUUUUGGGCAGAGUUUACUCAUUUUUGACAUGCAAGCCAUGCUUUCGUGCGCAAUUAUCGUGAUACAAGAUGGAUUUUCAGGGAUGACAAAUGAACAAACAUACAUGUUUAUCACAGGCAUUAUUUUCGCUUUCAUAUGGCUCUUUGUCGGAUAUGCAGCGAUGCGAACGGAAAACACACCCGUCACUUGGGUGUUUGCAGUAAUUAGCAUUGUCCAACCAUUGUAUGUCAUUUAUUUGAUUGUGCAGGGUCUGGAUCAAAUAGAUAAACAAUUCAACAUACGCACAAAUUCAGCUUAUUUCAUAGGAUUUGUUCUACUGGGAUCUCAUUUUACGCUACUUGCGUUUCUUCCAAUCAUAAAAACUAACUAUGGAAAAGGACUGAAAGAAAUUAUUUAUGGAGUUGAGCCCAGCAGCCCUGUUGACUUUCGGCGCAACAUUGUAAUCGUCCCUUCACGUGUUCAUGUGCAUCAUCAUCAUCAUCAUCAUGAGAUAUUACCUGCAGACGGAGAGUAAUUUGUAAAAAAGUGCCUUAACUUAUCAUAUUAAUGUAUAAUUAAUCGAUUGACUCUGAAAUGAUGAGGGGUUUGACUGAUCCUGAGUGGUUUAAGUAUAUGGUUGACAUUAUUUAUAAUGUCACGUCCUUCAUGGUGCUACUUUUUUGUGAUCUUUGUAAGAAUUAUUGAUGUAUGAUUCGAUUGAUUAAUGAUUACAAGUUGUAAUUUACAACGCCAAAAAACAUUUAUUAGGUGUAAAAGGCGUGUUUGUUGUUUACCCAAUAUGAUAUUUCCCUAGUCGUAUGAAUCGAGAGAAAUAUUCUGUUAUAUUUAUUUAUUUCAUACACAAGGAAAGUGAGACAAAAUAAAGAUUUACCUAAUUGAAUUAAA